AUGUUGGAGGCGUCUCUGGGCAGGAACUUCUCCCACAGCACCUUCGUGUUCAGAGGGUUUCCUGGGCUGCACAGACACCGCCGGCUGCUGGCGCUGCCGUUCUGCAUGUCUUACCUGCUGGUGCUGCUGGGAAACAUUCUGCUGGUGUACGUGAUCCACAGCGUGGAGAGUCUGCACAGCCCCAUGUACCUGCUCAUCUGCACGCUCUGCGUCGUCGACAUCCUCGUGGUGACCACCAUCAUCCCCAACAUGCUGCUCAGCCUCCUCUUCGGCUGGGACCAGAUCUCAUUGGCCGGCUGCUUGACUCAGAUGUUCUUCACUCACUUCCUGUCUUCACUGGAGUCCACGCUGCUCUUAGCGAUGGCGCUGGAUCGUUACGUGGCUAUCUGCAUGCCGCUGCGCUACGCCAAAAUCAUAGACACGUCCAUGUUUGUGAAGCUGCUGCUCUUCACUCUGGUUCGCAGCUGCUCCAUCAUGGCCACACUGGUUGGUUUGGCGGGUUCUCUAGAGUUCUGCAACUCCAACACGAUCCAGCACGGCUACUGCGACCACAUGGCGCUGGUCCGCCUGGCGUGUGACAGCACAGAGAAAAACAGCGCCAUGGGCCUCGCUGUGAUCAUCUGCUUUGUGGGCCUGGACAUCCCGCUCAUCUUCCUCUCCUACAUGAAGAUCCUGAGUGUCGUCCUGCGGGCGGCCGCCGCUGGCGAGGACCGCUGGAGGGCGUUUCACACCUGUGGCACUCACCUGAUCGUCAUGCUGUGUUUCUACCUGGUGGGAAGCAUCACGUUCCUCUCUCACAACCUGAACAUCCCCAUAUCAACAGACGUCAACACCUUCAUGGGGCUCAUGUACAUCCUGUUUCCCGCGACCGUCAACCCCGUCAUCUACGGCGUCCGGACCAAAGAAAUACGAAACGGGUUCUUUAGGAUUUUCAAACUCAGAACAAAGAAAUGGAUGACGGUGAAGGUUUCUCCUGCCCUGAAAACAUGA